AUGAAGUGCCUCCUGCUUGCCCUGGGCUUGUCCCUCAUGUGUGGCAACCAGGCCACCGACAUCCCCCAGACGAUGCAGGAUCUGGACCUCCAGGAGGUGGCAGGGAGGUGGCACUCCGUGGCCAUGGUGGCCAGCGACAUCUCCCUCCUGGACUCCGAGAGUGCCCCUCUGAGAGUGUACGUCGAGGAGCUGAGGCCCACCCCCGAGGGCAACCUGGAGAUCAUCCUGCGCGAAGGGGCAAACCACGCAUGUGUUGAGAGGAACAUUGUGGCCCAGAAGACUGAGGACCCAGCUGUGUUCACGGUCAACUAUCAAGGGGAGAGAAAGAUUUCCGUGCUGGACACAGACUACGCCCACUACAUGUUCUUCUGUGUGGGGCCCCCCCUGCCCAGCGCUGAGCACGGCAUGGUGUGCCAGUACCUGGCCAGGACCCAGAAGGUCGACGAGGAGGUCAUGGAGAAAUUCAGCAGAGCCCUCCAGCCUCUGCCAGGGCGCGUCCAGAUCGUCCAGGACCCGAGCGGGGGGCAGGAGCGAUGCGGUUUCUAGGCGAGCUCCGGCCCGUCCGCCUCAUCGGGGCCCCGGAGCUUCGGUUCCUCUGCAGAGACGCCAGGAGGGACAGAGACCAAGGCGGCUGCAGGACGUCGCUCCUCCUGGGCCCAGGCACCUCGGAUCCCGGCCUCCAUCUCCUGCUCUGAGCCAUGCCUCGUUCAGCAGUAAAGAAAUAAACC